AUAAAGAGUCACGUGCUUAGUCCGUGCCAAUUUCCCCAAUUCCCAAUAUCUCUCACAUUUUCUUUCUAGGGUUUUUACUUUAAUUGGGGAACGAAAAACCUUCGUCUUUAGCUUCUUCGUCAUCUUCUUCUAUCAAAUCAAACUCGGGCAAGCUCAAUCUCUGUCCAUAUUUGUUGAGGCUCGGUUGAUUUGUCACCUCAUGCAUUCUCUUGGGACAUAGUAGUACAUUAUGCUGGCGAUCUUUGAGAACAUUGGCCAGUUAGAAGCUAACAUAGCUGAUGAAGAUAAAAAAAUUUCACGGUCUUGUAACCUCAUUGACCUACACGGCUCCAUUAUGGGCAAGUCUAUUUUCUGGCUCCCUUGUACUUGUUACUCUGGCACUUUCAAUAUACCUUCUAUUCGAGCACCUUUCUGCAUACAAGAAUCCUGAGGAACAAAAAUUUUUGAUUGGUGUUAUCCUAAUGGUUCCUUGCUAUGCGGUAGAAUCGUUUGUAUCAUUGGUGUACCCAUCACUUAGCGUUGACUGUGGGAUACUACGCGAUUGCUAUGAGUCCUUUGCCAUGUAUUGCUUUGGAAGAUACCUUGUUGCGUGCUUGGGUGGGGAAGAGAGGACUAUUGAGUUUAUGGAAAGAGAAGGACGUGCAAGCUCUAAAACUCCACUAUUAGAACACGGAUAUGAAAAAGGAACCGUAAAGCAUCCUUUUCCAAUGAACUAUUUCUUGAAGCCAUGGACACUAGGCAAAUGGUUUUACCAAGUUAUCAAAAUUGGAAUUGUUCAAUAUAUGUUAAUAAAGACUCUAUCUGCUAUUUUAGCUGUAGUCCUUGAAGCCUAUGGUAUUUAUUGUGAUGGAGAAUUCAAAUGGGGAUGCGGGUAUCCUUACAUGGCAGUGGUUCUAAAUUUCAGUCAGUCGUGGGCUUUGUAUUGUCUUGUUCAAUUUUAUACUGUAACAAAGGAUGAAUUGGCACACAUACAACCAUUGGCUAAAUUUCUGACAUUUAAAUCAAUUGUGUUCUUGACUUGGUGGCAAGGUGUGGCAAUUGCUCUUCUCUAUUCCCUUGGUUUGUUCAAAAGUUCUAUAGCUCAAGGUUUACAGUUAAAGUCAAGCGUUCAAGAUUUCGUCAUUUGUAUAGAGAUGGCCAUUGCUUCCGUUGUUCACCUCUAUGUGUUUCCUGCAAAACCUUAUGAGCUAAUGGGGGACCGCUUCCCUGGAAGUAUUUCAGUUCUUGGAGACUAUUCUGCUGACUGUCCUUUGGAUCCUGAUGAGGUUAGAGACAGUGAGCGGCCCAUAAAGUUACGCCUUCCCCAGCCUGACAUUGAUGUCAGGAGUGGAAUGACUAUCAGAGAAAGUGUUCGGGAUCUUGUUAUUGGUGGUGGGGAACAUAUUGUGAAAGAUGUGAGGUUCACAGUAACCCAAGCAGUGGAGCCUAUGGAGAAGGGGUUCACAAGGUUUGGUGAGAAGUUACAUAAGAUCUCUCAAAACAUUAAGAAGAAUGAUAAGGAUAGAAGAAGAACAAAAGAUGACAGUUGCGUAGCCACGUCAUCACCUACACGGAGGAUGAUUCGUGGGAUAGAUGACCCCUUAUUAAUUGGGAGCAUUAGUGAUAGUGGAGUCUCGAGGGGAAGGAAGCACCACCGUCGGAAAUCAGGAAAUACCAGUGCAGAAAGUGGGGGAGAGAGCAGCAGCGAUCAAAGCUAUGGUGGGUAUCUGGUCAGAGGUCGAAGGUGGGUUACUAAAGAGUAGUUAAGAGGAUCAAUUCUACCGGUUUGAAAGAAAGUUGAUGAGGAUGGUUUAGUUAUCAAUCAGCAAUGUGCCAUUUUAGCACUCUGUCAAAGUAGUGUCUCAUGGCCUGGCUUCUUUUGUAUACACCAUGGCCUGUUUUUUUUUGCCUCAGACGUGGAAUUGUGAUUCAUGUAUCAUUAAUAUUAUCAUAUACAAUGGGUUUUUGAUAAGUUGUAUAGAGCUUCCAUCGGUUGGCUGAUUAUAAUUUCA